GCCUGCGCAGGUCGCAAGACGCGCGUCCCACUCUAGUCAUGGCGGCGGCCCGACAAGUAGCAGGCGGCAGGGCUCUGGAAACGUGUGGGAUGGAGCGGAUUUUGGAGGCGCUGAAGCUGCUGCUGAGCCCGGGAGGAUCAGGCUCAAGUUCACUACAAAUCACGAAACAUGAUGUCCUAUUGGCUACGUUGAAAUCUAACCUUUCUGCUUUGGAGGACAAGUUGCUGAAGGAUCCUCACUGGAAGGAAUUGAAACUCCUAAGGGAUGCAGUUGCGAAUGAGGCGGAAUGGCCUCGAGGCUCUGCGGACAUCACCUGGGCUUUUACCGCCCAGACCUUACUGUUGCUGUUGUGCUUGAAGGAAACCAUGAUGCGCCUUGCGGCGGGUUUCAAUCCGGGUAAACCCAACCCGAGGACACCAGAAGCCGCCCCUGCCCUGAGCCCAGAUACACUCAGUGUGUCCCAGCAGAAGACCGUCCAGUCCGUUUUGCAGUUUGUAGUUACCCUGGGGGUCUGCCCCUAUCUCGUGCCUGGUGUUGGAGUCCCUUUGAAAUGCAGGACUGAGUUUGGAGCCGUUGUUCAGGAUGUGGUGUGUCUCAGUGCUGCCCCCAGUGCAGCCCGGAGACUGUACACCAGUUGCAGCGUCCUCCUCAGUGUUGCUCAGAAUGCGGCUCUGGGGAGCUUGAUUUUCUGCCGCCAUUUUGGGGACAUCGCAGCAGGUCUCUGCCAGCUGGGGUUCUGCCCAACCGAGAGAAAAGCGCUAAAUCCUGAGGAAGAGGUGUUAACUGAAGAGGAAAGAGCCCUGUCUAGGGAGGCCCUGAGAGACAUCUUGGACCAAGUAUAUCAACCAUUAGCUGUCCGAGAAUUACUCACCCUCCAGGGAGGAGCACCCCAGUCCUGCACAGAUGGAAAGACACAAGUUAGGUGUCGGGCCCCAGCAUGGCUCCGGCGUCUGUGUGGGCAGCUCCUCUCUGAAAGGUUGAUGAGACCCAGUGGUGUUCAGGCAGUAGUUCGGGGCAUUUUGGAAGGAGCAGGUGCUGGGGCAGCUGGCGGAAGUGAUGCUGAGGCCAUAGCUGCCGAUUGGAAGAAGUGCGAUGUGAUUGCAAAGAUUUUGUCCUCUUGUCCCCAGCAGUCUCUUUCACCAGAGGAUUAUUAUAGAGAUAUCUGUCCCCAGAUUUUGGAUUUAUUUCACUUUCAAGAUAAGUUGACAGCCCGACAAUUUCAGAGAGUCGCCACUACUACCUUUAUUACUAUGUCAAGAGAACGCCCACAGCUGGCAGCAAAGUAUUUACUCCAACCAGUGUUGGCUCCUCUUCAUCGCUGUUUAAACACAGCAGAGAUUCCAAAGAGUGACAUGGUGCCAGGAACUGUUUUGGUGACAGAGGAAGAACUUAGUAGAUGUAUUGAGGAUGUAUUUAAGGUGUACGUGGUCGGGAAUGACCCUGUAACCGUUUUGGUGGAUUCCCUGCUCCCGGUGCUGGGAGUGCUCUUCUCUCUCUACUGCUUUACCAAGCAGAGUGUGUCUCACACCAGGUCACUUUGCCAAGAGAUCUUAUUAUGGAUCCUGGGGAAGCUGGAGAGGAAGAAAGCACUUGCUAGCCUGAAAGGAUUUGCAGGGUUGGACAGAUCUGUGCCUUCUCUCCAUUCUCUGUGUCACUUUAAAGCUGCCGCUCAAGGGGGCAUUAUGAUUACCAUCAAAGAGGCCAUUUGUGAUGAAGAUGAAGAUGAAGCCCUGUACCAGAAGGUGUCCUCAGAGCAGUGCCAGGUAGAGCACCUUGGGGACUUACUGUCCCACUGCCAGGAGUGCGGUUUGGCAGGCGACUUCUUCAUCCUCUGCUUGAAGGAGCUGACUCAGGUGGCUGUGGAAAAUGAAGCAGAGUUAGAAACAGAGCCCUUCUCCAGCACAAGCCUCUUGGAAUUAGAGCAGCACCAGACUCUGCUUGUGGAAGACCAGGAGCGGAAGCUGCUCGUUCUCCAGCUGGUGGCUGUUCUGUGCGAGAGAAUGUCUGAGCAGAUAUUCACAAACAUCACUCAGGUUGUGGACUUUGUAGCAGGCCUGCAGCGAGCCUGUGCAAGCUUGGCCCACCAGGCGGAGAGCAGUGUGGAAUCACAGACACUGAGCAUGUCCAUGGGGCUUGUGGCCGUCAUGCUGGGAGGAGCUGUUCAGUUGAAGUCAAGUGACUUUGCCAUCCUGAAGCAGUUGGUGCCACUGUUGGAGAAGGUCUCCACCACCUACCCUGACCCCGUCAUCCAAGAACUGGCUGUUGACCUCCGCAUCACCAUCUCCACCCACGGAGCCUUUACCACUGAGGCUGUCAGUGUGGCUGCCCAGAGUACCCUGAGCAAAGAGGAUCCAGAAGGGAAAAGGGAAGAGCAGCAACAAGCCAGUCAUGAAAGACACUGCGACAUGUCUCCUAGCCACCUCAAACCACAGCAAAGCCACGACAUGUCCAGACAAACAGGCCUGAAACCUAAUCCUCCACUUGUUCCUCCGGUCGUCCGUGAGCCCAGCAUCACUACAAACCAGAAAUCAGGAAGCCUAACCGCAGAGCAGCUCCAGGAAGCUCUUUUAUCAGCUUACGACCCUCAGAUUCCAACAAGGGCUGCUGCCCUGCGAACUCUUUCUCGCUGGGUAGAGCAGAGAGAACCAAAAGCCCUUGAGGUGCAGGAGAAACUUCUCAAGGUUUUCUUGGAGAACUUGGAACAUGAAGACACCUUUGUAUACCUGUCUGCUAUUCAGGGGGCUGCCCUGCUCUCAGAUGUGUACCCUGAGAAAAUCUUGUGUGGCUUAUUGACUCAAUAUGAUGCUGGUAAAGACAAGCACACGGCAGAGACCAGAAUGAAAGUUGGGGAAGUCCUGAUGCGAACUGUCAGGGCAUUAGGGGACAUGGUCUCAAAGUACCGAGAACCUCUGAUCCACACCUUCCUGAGGGGAGCAAGAGAUCCAGACGGUGCUCACAGGGCCAGCAGCUUAUCCAACCUUGGAGAACUGUGCCAGAGGCUGGACUUCCUGCUGGGCUCCGUGGUUCACGAGGUAACAGCCUGCCUGAUUGCUGUGGCUAAGACAGACCCCGAAGUUCAGGUGCGCCGAGCUGCCAUCCACGUGAUUGUGCUGCUGCUUCGGGGACUCAGCCAGAAAGCUACUGAGGUGCUGAAGGACGUCCUCAGGGAUCUCUACCACCUGCUGAAGCAUGUGGUGCGUUUGGAGCCCGAUGAUGUGGCCAAGCUCCAUGCCCAGCUGGCCCUGGAAGAGCUGGAUGAGAUAAUGAGAAACUUCCUGUUCCCGCCACAGAAGUUGGAGAAAAAGAUCGUGGUCCUGCCAUAGACCAGCCUCAAGGGCGUGGAGGAGGCAGAGGGACCCAGCAGCCAGGGCAGUGCCCAAGCGCUCCAGCAGGUGGCCCCACUGCCUCUUUGGUGUGGGCAAGAUGGCUGCCUUGGCAGGGGCGGGGACGUCUCUGGUCAUUUGUGCCUUCAGGCUGAGCUUCUUAAAGCAUCUGUUUAGCCAUCCUGCAUCGAGCCUGAAAUGUGUGCCUAUAAAAGAGAAAAGAUUACAAAUCCCACCAAUCUGCCCGUUUUUCACCAUCCUGUAGCAUUUAGAGAAGGAUGGCCACCUCAUGGAAGAAUACUUUUAAUACAACCACUGACAUUUGAUUAAGUGACCAUUCUCUUCUUGCGAUUUGAGUAGAAGAGGUUGGCCACCUGUGUGUCACAUAUCUUGGUAUUUUCUUCUUGGUGAGAUUGUCCCCUCCUGUGAUGAGGAACAGCCAGAGCUGUCAUCUUUGGCUGGUCAAGACGCACCUCAGGGUAUGGAGAUGCAGUUGGAGGUGGAAGGGAAAGGAAGCUGUUAUAAAACCUGCAAAAAUGGAAUAAAAUUGUCUUGACUAGAAAGAA